AAAGGUACUGUUGAAUUCAUUCGUUGAAGAUUAACUCGAUACAACGGAUUGGCGGAAAAUAUAUUUGUUUCUGUGUUGUCCUCAAGCUGCAUAUACUUGACGAAUUAUAGUUAAUAUAUUUUAAUAAAUAGUAGAAUUUAUACGAUCAUGGUUUUAUAGCAGUAACUUGAGCUCCUAAAUAGAAGAUAAUUAUUAAGUGUUUAUAAAUGUGCAGUUAAAGUUUAUAAAAAUAAAAUGGAGAAAUAUAUAGUGCUGUUGUGUUUGUUACAUAGCUGUUAUGGUGUUAUAUAUAACUUAAAUGCUACGGAGUAUGACCGAAUGCCGGCCAAGUACCAGGGGGACUCGUACGACAAAUGUCAUUGGGACGAGGAUGCAGUCUACUGCAUCGCGGAGCUCAGGCUGGUCUCCGAUACUCCCAGCCCUCUACUCACCAUGAUACAAGAAUACUCAGCACACAACACAACGCAUUUCGACUACACGAGGGUGGUGCGAGGAGUGUGUCUCACACAGACAUGCAAACACUAUUACAAUGGUACAGCAGCCUCCACCAACGACACAGAGAGGGGAGUAGCCAUAGGGGCCUGUGUCAAUGAAUCCCUGUCCAAAGACUACGGGCUGAAGGUCAACGUGAUUCGCUACUUCUGCAACCAGCCCCCAAAGGAGAAGCCUCUGGAUACACUGGAUUAUGCCAUGGCUGUCGUGUGCCUUGUCAUAAUCCUGGCCAACAUUGCUGGAACUAUUUACGAGCCUUUCCAUGGGAAGCGAAAGGAUUUUUUGUCGAGGUUCCUCGUCUGUUUCUCAAUUCGUAACAAUUGGAGGAAGCUGAUGAGUCCCGUCGGUAGAGGACAGGACCCUCGUAUGAGGCGGCUUAAGAGUAUCCAUGGUAUAAGGACAAUGUCAAUCGCACUAGUCAUCAUGUCCCACUCGAUCAUAGCGUGCGUGGCGUAUAUUGACAACCCCAUCUACUUUGAAUCGUUGUACAAAACCCCUUCGUUGAAGGUGAUCUUCAAUGGUAUGACCAUCAUGCAGACCUUCCUCAUCAUGUCUGGUUUCCUGCUCGUCUACAACUCGCUGCUGCACGCUGAGAAGAAUCAGAUAACCUUGAUGACGUUCCCUAAAUACAUCAUUCUGAGAUGGCUCAGACUGACACCACCUUACGCAAUCAUCUUAGGGUUGACUAUCACCUGGAUGAGGUACCUCACUGAUGGUCCAUUGUGGCAGGAGGUGAUAGGCAACGAAGUGUUUGACUGCAGGAAGUACUGGUGGACCAACCUGCUGUACAUCAACAACUACUUCGACGACUCGCAGUGCAUGCAGCAUACAUGGUACAUAGCAACGGACACCCAGCUGUACUGCAUGGGUGCCCUGGUCUUCGUGCUGUGCUCCACUCCUCGGUCCCGGAAGAUAGUGCUGCCGCUCCUGUUCAUAGCGGGCCUCAUCAUCCCCGCGGUCAUCACUUACAUGCGCAACCUGGAUGGGACCUUGAUUGUAUCUCCAGAGGCUAUCCACGGCAUCUUCUUGAACGAGGCUACGUUCAACUACACGUACCGGAGAGGCCACACCAACCUCGCUGGGUACACCAUCGGCCUCUCCAUCGGCUACCUCAUCUACCACUGGCAGAAGAAAGGGGUUGACAUGACCAGGUUCAGGAGAUAUCGUCUCGGGGUUCCUCUGCUCGUGGUGCUUGGCACUGCUGUGGUCUAUACAGCCAGCAUCUUCUUCGAGGACGUCCCUCGUCACUCUCUAUUCAUCAGAGUUAUCUUCUCCAGUCUCCACAAGCCAAUUUUCGGAUUAAUAAUAGGAUUGGGAUUAAUCACAUUUAUAUUUAAAAUUGAUGACAUAGUUCGCAAUUUACUGGAGUGGCAGGGCUGGACGGUGCCCAGCCGCAUCUCGUACAGCGCGUACCUGGUGCACGUCGCCUUCAUCAGACACUUCGUCUCCUACCAGACUACCACUUGGCACGCCACCUUCGUCUUAAUUCAACAAAUGACGGUUGGGUUCGUGUUGGCUUCCUUCCUAACUGCGCUACCAUUCUUCUUGAUAGUAGAAGCUCCAUUCGGCAACUUGGUCAAAUUGCUCCUGAUGGGCUCCCCAAGAGAGAAGGAAGGUGACAAUAAAGAGAAUGGAAAAGAAAGUCCUCCUAAGAAAAUGUUGAGUGACAGUGAAAUUGUUGCCAUCGAGAAAAUUGUUCCUUUGAAGACUUUACGGGAAAUACUAAGUGAUGGUCCUAAGUAUGAAAAUUCUAGAGUUUGAGGUCUAGUGGAAUCUUCAAGUGCCAAUGUGUGGCUUGAACUUUAUAGGUAUUUAUGAGAACAAAUUGUGAUGUUAGACUAUGAUUAGAAUAAUAAAACAUGAUAGGGUUUGACAUCAUGAGAGUGAGGUUACCGGAGGCCCAAUUACCCACCUCCCCAAUCUUCACGAUUCCCGAUUUCCCCACAAACCUUAAUAAAUUCCCAGUCCAAAAAGGCCGGCAACACACUUGUAACGCCACCGAUGCUUCGGAUGUCCAUGGGCGGUGGCGAUUGCUUACCAUCAGGUGAUCCGCCGGUUCGUUUACCGGCUUGUACCUUACAAAAAAUACUGAUACACGGAACGUGUUUGUAUUUACUUCUGCUCAACUAAAUACGUAAGUAGAUUAAUAAAAUUGUAUUUAUGGUGUAGGAAAACCUUUGUACAUAAGUCCAAUCAAAUGUUAGAAAUUCCUUUAUUUAUUAAGGAGUAGUAACUUAAGUUAUAUUAAUAAGAAUUGUUGGGUAAAUAAAAUAAAAACAUAGUAUUAA